AUGGCACGUCUAUCCGGCUAUCUAAAAGGAAAGCCCAACCCCCGAAAACCCCGCAAACCAACCCAAAAAGCAACCCUAACAGAAAAAGCAACCUCCACCAAAACCUCAACUACAAAAUUUGAACAAAAAAUGCUCGAACGUAUCGAAAAAUGCCUAUCGGAUGCCUACCAAUCCAACGCCUCAGAACAAGAAUCCAAGACCGCCCUCCCAAUGGCCCAACGUCUAAUGGCCCAACACAACGUAACCCAAGCAGACGAAAUAGCCAACGACACUGAAAAGAACAAAAGCCACUACGGCGGCCAAACUACCGUGAUAAUCACCAAGGUGAACGGGAGAGGCCAGGUAUACAAAGAAGCCUUUGUACCAAAGCUAGCUCGGGCGAUGUGCAUAUUCUUUGACUGUAAAUGGUAUGCAAGGGAUAACAUUGACAGUAUUGAGUGGUGUUUUUAUGGGAUAGCUGAGAAUACGGUAACUGCUGCGACGGCGUUUGAGAAAGAACACAAUCGGAUUCUGGAGUGGGCUUGUGAGUAUAUGGGUGGUACGGCUACGCAUAGUUAUCGACUUCGCGUUGCGGAUGGGUUGGUUGCUAUUGCGAGGCGCGAGAAGAAUAUGGAGCUUGAGUUUGCGAAGGGGAGGGAAAUUGAAUAUGCAUUCGCUGAAAAUGAGGUGUUUGAUGCCACAACUAGUGAGGUUGCGAGUAGAACAGUUCCUCUGGAUCAUCAGGAUGUCUCUGAUAUCGAUAUCGAUACCAACCAGCCACUGGCAGAUCUCAGUACUGGAGAGAGGGACAUUAAGGCCAAGGAGUCUUUCACAGAUCAUGGACGCUCAUCCACGCAUGAUGAUGAUAAUGACAGUGAUACCGAAGAAGACGAAAGCGAGGACUUUGGUCUAGAAACAGAUUUUAAGGCAAAAGACGUAGAAGCCAUCCAUCUCUGCGGCCACAACAUCGACGAAACAAUUGACAGACCUGUUAAAAGGGAUACGCCAGAGACACUGGCACCAAUCUCACCACCAAAGUCAGAAUCACGAAUAAAUCUCGACCCAAAUGCUGAAAAUGCAGACAAAGCCAUGGAUAAUCUCACUGACAUCAAAAGGGAGAAGUCAGAGUCACCAAUGUCAUCAGCAGGACCAGAACCACAAAUAAAGUCCGACCCAGAUUUGAAAAUCAGCAGAGAGCCUAAACUGCAAUCUACCCACAACGGUGCACACAACUCCUUUGACAGUCUAUUACAAGAUAGGCAAGAGCCCCAGCGUCAAAUACGGGCAGAAAUAGCAAUGCCACCGCCGUCACUACCACUACCAACAGCAGAAGGGGCGAGAGUAAACGCCGACGCCGUGACAGACACUGGAAUCGAGGGAGAGUCCGAGCCCGAGCCCGAACUGCAGCUUGCAUUGGCUCCUAGUAGUUCGCCUUGGGAGUCUGUGACGCAACUUAUUCAGUUUCGGGCGACGGCGGAGCAGGUUGCGAAGGAUUAUUUGAGGGAUAUGCGAAUCACGUUGAGGAAGAAGUCUGAAAGGAAGAGAAUUACAGGACUACUAAGUAAUCUGAUGCUUGUAAUCAUGGUAGAGAGGAUAGUUCGAAAAUUGAUACUCGACAAUCUGGAUGUAUCGAUUUUCUCUGAACAACAUCCCGAUGCUGUUGUAAUUGGUUUUUUUCUUUCAAUGGCUGUGUUAUACUAUCUUGUCUCGAAUGAUUUACUCGGAUAA